UUCGCUCCACGGACCGCUGGAGAGGUUGCGAGAGUCAGUGCGGGAUUAAUUUGAUUGCGGCUGCAGACCAAGGAUAGGGGCUUCGGGCGGCCUAGGGAGCCCGUCCCCUUCUCGGGCGUCUCCUGAUCCCCGUUUCUAGGGGUGGCGGAGGUGCCCGCUGACAGCAUUAGUACCCACUAGCUGGCAGGUGUGGGAAAGAUGUCAGAGGCAGUGCUGCUGCUGCGGCGGGUCCGGGAGCGCAGUACUGAAGGUGCUGCAGGGGCCCGGAGGAAGCGGAGCAGGCGGCGCCGUUUCUAUCCUGAGCACCGGGUGUACCGGGCCCGAAGCUCCUUCCUGGACCUCAGUGAGGAACAAGUGCUGCGGCGCUAUCGUCUGGACAAGGCAGCGAUUGCAGGGCUCUGCAGCGAGCUGGGCUCAGACCUGGAGAGCCUGACAGGUCGCAGCCAUGCCCUGCCUGUGGCUGUUAAGGUGACCUCUGCUCUCACAUUCCUGGCCUCUGGCUCCUUCCAAACGGCCACACGGGACACCACAGGCAUCAGCCAGUCAGCCAUGUCCAACUGCCUGGCCCAAUUCCUGGAAGCACUGCAGCGCCGGGCUGCCCGUUACAUUACUUUCCCAGUUCCAGGUGCCACAGCAGGGCAUACUGAGGGCUGCUUUCCUGGGGUGCUUGGUCUGCUAGGUAGCAUGCAUGUGGCACUGCGGGCCCCCUCAGAAAAUGAGCUUGCCUAUCGCAAUGCCCGCAACUAUCACUCCAUGAACAUGCAGGUGGUGUGCGAUGCCCGUGGUACCAUCAUCAACGUGGUGGCCAAGUAUCCUGGCUCUUGCCCCAAUGCUGCGGUGCUGGAGAACUCUGCCCUGGCUCGGCUACUCGAUGGAGCCCAUCUUGAUGGGCUGUGGCUGCUGGGAGACCGAAGUUACCCGCUGAAAACAUGGCUCAUGACUCCAAUUUUAUUCCCAUGUAGUCCAGGAGAGGAGAAGUACAAUGCUAUGCAUCAAGAGGCCCUCUUGGUGCUCAAGCAGACAUGCACCCUCUUGAAAAUGCGUUUUCGCUGCCUGGAUAAAUCAAGUGGCUCUUUACAGUACACACCCCAGAAAGUCUGCCAGAUAUUCCUGGCUUGCUGUAUACUGCACAACAUCGCCCUGAGCCGUAGAAUGCCCUUGGAUCUGGCAGAGGGGGAGGAGCUGGUGGAAGGGUCGGAUGCUGAACUCGAGCUACCAGUACAAACCCCCUUUGUUCAGAUCUCCAGUGAGGCCCGGGCAGUGAGAGCGCGGAUUGUGCAACGAUUCAGAGACAGCCUCACUUAGAGAGCAUCCUUGUGCUGCACCAGCUGCUUCUGAAACGGCUCUUGGUGAGGAAAAGGACUAGCAUGCCAAGUUCUCACCAUGAGCAUCUGGUACAAACCAUGGACUUCACCUCUCUCUAAGCAGCUGAAAUAUAACUUUUC